AUGCUGCUCGCCACACAGGGCCCAGAGGGCCCUCAGGUCUCUCGAGAAUUCUCGGCGACGCAGUCAAAUGCGAAUCCCGCGAAGCAAGCCCCUCACAUCGAGGGUAGUGGUGGCAAUGUGGCCGCAGAGAUCGGCUCUGGACCCUCAGCGGCUUCUGAGAUGACGCAUUCCGGCGGUCCCAAUUCGAAAGACGCCCCUCUGCAGGAGGUGUGGGCCUCCCCCGACGAGGCCUGGACUCAACAGCCCUCUGGCACACUGAAGCCCCCACAGGUGCGCUUUACAUCCUCGGUAGCAGCGAAGCACUCAGAAGCAGAAGCAGGGGUGGAAGCGACAGCGCCGGAAACGGUAGCGGCUGCACGUGAGGCCCCAACAUCACCAGCGUCUGCAGUGCAGCUGGGACCUACGGCUGCUCUUGAAGAUUUCGACGAAGACUCCGAUUUUCACUAUGUUUUUAUCUUCACGAACCCCUCGAGCGGGGGCAACAAAGCUUCUGCCUUUACCAGAACUGGUGUGUCCCGCCUGACUCUCACGGAACCCUAUAGCGCGAAGAUCUUCAUCUACGACAUAAGAGAGGGUCCCAGUGGCGGCAAGCCUGGAUUUUUGUUGCUCAAGGCCAUAUCUGCCCGCAAGGGAGUUCACGGGGAUCUUCGACCCUCUUCGGCUGCGGAGAAAGACACCAUUCGCAUUCUGGUGGCGGGGGGAGACGGCACCGUCAUGUGGUGUCUAGACGAAAUGAAAAUCACUGGCGUCGACUCUGAAGUCUGCGCAGUUGGCGUAGUGCCCUACGGCACUGGCAACGACUUCGCGAACGUGUUUGGCUGGCGUCCUUUCAACGCGGCUAACCCCUUCGAUGCUUCCCUCAACACCUUGCGAAAACUCGUGGACUGCUGCAUGCAAGCCAGUGUGGUCUACCACGACCUGUGGCAUGUCUGCGUCACUCUACGCCCUGGAGGGCACUUCACUAGGAUUAACCCCGUUACCAGGCGGAAGGAGGUGGUCGAGCGAGGGCGCCAGGAAGUAAAGGAGCUACGUUUCACAAUGAGCAACUAUUUUAGCAUGGGCGUGGAAAGCCGUAUCGGGAGGGGGUUUGAUAGGCACCGAACAAAGUCGAGAACGCUCAAUAAGAUGAGGUAUGGUAUUGAGGGCUUAAAAAAGACCCUGAUGACAUUUACGAAGAGCAUCAACCAAAUCAUAGUUGGCCUCAAAGUCAAUCCGGGGACCCCUGAGGAGAAGGUUCUCUUUACCACUGACAAGGCUGUAGCCGAACAACAACAAAUUCCGCUUCUAAAGAAGACCGCAUCCUUGGUCGUUUUGAAUAUUCCAAGCUUCAGCGGAGGGAACGAUAUUUGGGGUCCCUCUAAGAAGCUGGCUCUCAUAAUGCCCAACAAGCAAGCACAACUGGAGGCCAAGGAGCUGCUCAAGGUCCCGCAGCAGAUGGGUGAUAAGAACUUGGAAUUUGUUACAUUCGAGAGCGUUCCUUCCAUGGGCAUGGAAUUUCUCCUACAUGGCAGGGGCUCCCGCCUACACAGCGGAGAAGGACCUUGGGAGAUUUCCUUCAGACCUCUCGACGACAAGACUCGUGUGUACUUCCAGACGGACGGGGAAUUCUUCCAGCUUACACAGCCAUCCUCCGUCACGCUUUCUCAUGACCGUCGAGUGCGUGUUCUUACUUUGAAGCCUCAAGGCUAUCAGGAGGCUGUGGCCUUAGUGGUUCGUGGCCGUAUUGUGCGUCCCACCAGGGGUGGAGGAGAGGGUGCUUGCCAUUAG